UAGUUGUUAACAAGUUCCUGGUAACAACGCGGUCCACGAGUUGACGCGUGCUUGGCAGUGGGAUGCUGCUAUUACACUCGGCAUUUCAAAAUAAAACAAUAUCUAUCGCCAGCAAUUUAUGCAGAAGAUGAAUUGGUCGAAAGCAGUGACGUGUGCGGCGGUGUAUAAGUAGAAGAUAGCGACCUCAGGGGUGUGUAUAGCAAGCCUGUGCUGGACGCAAUGCCGCUCUUGUCCCAUCUAGUCUGCCUGCUGUGGCUCCUAGCCCUGGCAUCGACAUGCUACAUCCAAAACUGCCCCAGAGGAGGCAAGAGGUCUUUCUUCGACACAGACAUCAGGCAGUGUAUGCCUUGCGGACCUGACAACAGAGGCCGUUGCUUUGGAGCUAACAUCUGCUGCGGGCAAGAGCUUGGCUGCUUCAUUGGGACCUCGGAAACACUGAGAUGUCAGGAGGAGAACUAUCUGCUCUCCCCGUGUGAACCCGCUGGAUCACCCUGUGGAGCAAGUGGUGGGAAAUGUGCAUCGUCGGGUAUCUGCUGCACUGACGAAACCUGUGCCACAGACUCUGACUGCCUGGGGACGGCAGGGAAAUGGAGAAACCCACUGAUGGGAAGAAACCUGACCUUGGUAGACAGUGCUGCAACCAACCUCCUGCUAAGGCUACUGCGCCUAUUUCCUCGGAAGCCUGCUGGGAAGCAGCAGCUAAUAUAAAUGAAUAUUUGUGUCACAGUGGCCUCUCUCGUUAUGUUGUCUUUUUGGGAGGCACUGUGGAUUGGAAGAAGCUGGUCACAAGAGGGCAGAAACAAUGCAUGAUCUGUGACACAUCAGAGUGUACUUAACUAAUAUUCACAGAAUGUCAGUCUGAAUAUUUCCAUCGCUAGUCGUACAUUGUCAAAUGGCAUUUUUAUUUGGAUCAUUUUUAACCGUACCAACUCAAGUUAUUAUUCAUUUUAUCAGUAACAUGUUCACAGUAACAUUAUGGAAGCUUGUAUAUGUACAGUAUACCAAAAAUAAAAUGGAUUAUUGUGUAAUGUG